AUGGUCUCGGACUGCUCGUCAAGGUCGAGGGCAGUCAAGUCAAACCGUGACGCGGCAAGGCUGUCGCAAGAGAACCUGCGGGCGCUGGAGGCGUCGCAUUACGAGUCGGACACGCACUAUGCUGAGAAUGUCGUUAGCGCUGAAGGGCAGAUGAUGGCCUACCAGGAGAUGUGGCGGAACCAAGAGCAGGCGCGGAAAAGGGACAGCGGGCUCGCGUUCAGUGCGGACGACACAGUGCAGAAUCACGAGAGCGGGAUCGAGGAAUUCAAGAUACCAAAGCGGCCACGGGUUUCGGUUGAAACACCGUUCCGUCGAUACGUAACCAUCGGCCCAGGAGAAGACCCGUUCCCGCUGUACGGAAAGCAGGCAAUGGAAGACAUGCCGGUCAAGUACGGCAGCUUGGAGGACGUCGAAGCACGACGGGACGCAGCAAUGCUCCUCGAGCAGAGCGUGAAGAGGCAGCGUGGCGACAGGCACACAAUUUGA